AUGGCGAGCUACAGCCCUGCAGCUAUGCGCCCGCUGAUAUGGAGCCAGGCGGUGGCAGUGCUGAGCGUCGUGGGGAACGAUGCAGGCCUGCCUGGCGAUAUUGCAUACCACCAUCAGUUCGACGGCUCUUCGCUGGGGAGACAGUUUCUGCCGUGCUGCGGCUUGGGCAAUACGAGCGCCGCGUACAGACUACCUACUCCAUCCACAUCGAUUAUUACAGAGUCACACAGCUGGUGGAGCAAGUACGAGCAUGGAUCCGGGCGCAGCAGCCGGCCUGGUACCCUGAAGCGAACAAUCCCGUCUAGCUGGGAUGAUACGCGGUAUCGAUUGCUUAUGCCCAGGCCAUUUCCCCCUCUCGAAUUCCUCUUCCGCAUACCGUACACGCACAUCCAGCCUUGCAGGAGCCGCGAACCGUUUUUGAAGUGA